UUUUAUAUAUACAAGCUCAACUCCUUACACAAGGUGCAGAAGAAUAAUGGGUUCUAAUGAAGCAAGGGACUUGUUCCAAGCUCAGACUCAUCUGUACAAACACAUAUUCAACUUUGCAAGUUCUAUGUCACUCAAGUGUGCAGUUCAACUCGGCAUACCGGACGUGAUCGAUAGGCACGGUGAACCUAUUUCUCUACCGGAAUUGGUCACAGCACUUCAGCUUCACCCGGAUAAAACCGGCUAUGUGCAGCGGCUCAUGCGCCUAAUGGUACACUCUGGUUUCUUUGCUACAAUACAUGUGUGCAGGAAUCAAGAUGAAGAGGAGGAAGAGGCAUAUGACCUUACAACGUCUUCUAGGCUCCUCCUGAAAGACAAGGUCCCGAGUAUGUUACCCUUUGUUACAGCGAUGCUUGAUCCAGCUUUAACAACGCCAUGGCAGUUUUUGGGAAACUGGUUCUGUGGGAAUGAGGUUACACCCUUUGAGACUGCGCAUGGAAUGGGUUUAUGGGAGUAUGGACAUAAAAACCCUGGAUUCAACCGUGUUUUCAAUGAAGCAAUGGCCAGUGAUUCAGGAAUGAUGAACUUGGUCAUCAAAGACUGCAAGCCAAACUUUGAGGGGUUGAGUUCAUUAGUUGAUGUAGGAGGUGGUACAGGAAAAGUUGCUAGGAUUCUUUGUGAGGCUUUUCCCAAUUUGAAAUGCACAGUUCUUGAACUUCCACAAGUUGUUGCUAACUUGCAGGAUAGUGCAAAUUUGAAGUUCAUUGCUGGUGAUAUGUUCCAUGCUAUUCCUCCUGCUGAUGCUAUUUUGCUCAAGUUAACUUUACAUGCUUUGAGCGACGAGGAAUGCUUGAAGGUUCUGAAGAAAUGCAGGGAAGCUAUUCCAGACAAUGGGAAAGGAAAGGUAAUUAUCAUAGACAUUGUGAUAAACGAGGAGGGAGACGAGCACGAAUCAACUGAAGCAAAGCUCUUCUUUGACAUGUUGAUGAUGGUUGUGGUGACCGGAAGAGAGAGAAGAGAGAAAGAGUGGGAAAAGCUGAUUCUGGAGGCUGGUUUCAGCAAGUACCAGAUAACACCCAUCUUUGGUUUGAGAUCCCUUAUUGAAGUUUAUCCUUAGAAACUAUUAUGUGUUGUAAGAUCUCUGUGACUGUUGAUUAAGUGAUUUCAAUUUUUACUUAAUAAAGUACUCAUU